CUCUGAUCGUCCCAGCCCCCCAACCAGCCAACCACAGCGCCCCGCAGACCCUCUUCACCCCUCACUCUCUGCCUGGAAACUCCCUCACCUCGACCUUUUACAACUAACUAGUUAGUUACUCUACUACUACAACUUCAACCUUCAACUGCAUCCUUUCCUCCCACCACCACCACCACCACCACCACCACUCCAUCAACCCAACAAACGUCCUUGAAAAUAUAAAUACCACUACCACCACCGCGCACCGCAACCAUGACUGACCUCACCAACCAAAAGCCCGAAGACCCCACCCCCACCACCACCGCCACAACCACCGACGAGGCCGCUGCCGCCGCCGCUCCCGAGACGGAUCAGAAAACCGAAGAACUCAAGGCAGACACAGAACAGGCCGCUGACGCUCCUGCCGGUGAUGAUGGGGACGUAAAGAAGGACGAGGCGGUGGCAGACGUCAAGCCCCCCACCACCACGUCUGAUAGUGUGUUUUCGAUGUUUGGCGGGGGCCCGAAGAGGGAGAAGAGACGGGAGGAGGACGAGGAGGGUGAGGAUGAGCCGUCUGGGUCUUCGAAGAAGAAGGAGGGGGAUGUUGCGGAUGAGGAAGAAGUGGACGUCCACUUCGAGCCUGUCGUGCACCUUACCGAGAAGGUCGAUAUCAAGACAAACGAGGAGCUGGAGGAACAGACCUUUAAGAUGCGUGCGAAGCUUUUCAAAUUCGACCGUGACUCGCGAGAAUGGAAAGAGCGUGGAACCGGCGAUGUCAGACUUCUUAAGCACAAGGAGAACCACAAGACACGUCUGGUUAUGCGGAGAGAUAAGACUCUGAAAGUUUGCGCGAAUCAUUACAUUGUGCCUGAUAUGAAGCUGGCUCCCAAUGUCGGUAGCGACAGGAGCUGGGUGUGGAAUGCCGCUGCGGACGUUAGUGAGGGUGAACCCGAAGCACAGACAUUGGCUAUCCGCUUUGCUAAUAGCGAAAAUGCGAACCUCUUCAAGGAGGCCUUCGAGAAGGCCCAAGAGGAGAAUGAGAAGCUUUUCGCCGCUGCUGCUGCUAGCGAGUAAAAUUCAAUAGCCCGACCUGGGACUAUAUCGACGCUCUUACCCUGAUCAUCAUCAUAAAUAUCAUCAUCUUCGAGAACAAUUUACACGUCACUGAGAGAAAGACGAGUGGUUUCACAGCACGUGCUAUUCCCCGUAUGGAUUCGAAACCCCACUCCCCACAUCACCAUGAUAUCACCAUCACCAUUCCCUCUCCUUGUGGACUCCCCGAAAAAUCCCAUUUCCCGCCUUUAUAACCCCUUGCAAAAGCCCCAAUACCCCUCCGCCUUUUUGGUCAACGAGACUGCUUUUCCCCCGCUUCCCAUUCGAUGAUGGUGUGUGUUUGUCUUAUGAAGCAACGGUGUAGAUGAAGUAUCUUUUAUAUUCCUCCCCCUCCCCCCCAAAAAAAAAAGAAAAAAGCCGAAAAAAAAAAAGAAAAAAAAAAAGAAAAAAAGAAAAAAAAGAAAAAGAAAAAAAAGAAAAAGAAAAAGAAAAAGAAUGAAACGAAAAAAGCCAAUACAAAACGAGAUAAAUUUGAAACGCUCAUGACUUAUAGAAGUUGGGAACAUCCGG